AUGGCGCCCCAAGACGAGCGCGCUAAGGAGCUGCUCCUCGAGGCAAAGCGCCUUGUCGGGCAACUGAAGGCCUUCGAGGCCUUGGCUCCAGCCCAGGAGGCACUAGGCAUCUUCCGCGAGCUCAAUGACCAGGUGGGCAUCGCGCAAGCGUUGCGUCCUAUGCUCAUAGCGCAGCUAGCUCGCGGCGAGGUGAAGCCAGAUGAGGCCCUCACAAAGGUGAAGGAGGAGGCCGCAAAGGUUAAACGCACUGCGCGAGACGGCCGCCGUGCCGAGGCAGCUAUGCAGGUUACACUGGCGGCGGUCCAGCUUGCAAAGGCAGAGCCUGUCAAAGCUGUCCUGGCCGCCGCUGAUGCUGAAGCAUACUUUCAGCGGGAGGAGGACUAUCCCGCUCUUGCAGAUGUGCUGCUGGAGGUCGUGGCCCCUGCGCACCUGCAGCGAGGUGAUGGCCAGAAGGCCAUGGACGCGGCAAACCUCGUCCUCGAUGUCGCUCAAAAGGUGAAGGAUCCAGAGGUCGAGGCCCGCGCCUGGGGCCUCGUGGCAGCCGGCCGUUUCGCAGCUUCCGCAGAGGAUGCAACAGAGGCUGCUCGCAAAGCGUUGGACCUCUUCCGGAAGCUCGGCAGCCGCGUGGGUGAAGCGCAAAUGCUCAUCGAGCUGGCGCGCGGGCAGCUGGCGCGACAGGACGCUUUGGCAGCCCUGGCCUCGGCCAGGGAGGCCCUGAAGGUGGCCCGGGAGGCCGGGAGCUGGGCACAGGCUGGCAAAGCGAGCGAGGCCAUCGUGGAAGCCCAGCUUCAAGCCGGCCAGCCGCAAGCUGCGCACGAGGAGGCCGAAGAGCAGCUGAAGUGGAUCAGCGAAGUGACCCCCGACCACAGCAGCAAGAAGGGCUUAGCAUCUGCGAUGUCGGCCGUGGUUGUGGCGACGGCAGUCUUCAAAGGUGGAGAUGCAGGUCUCGAAGUUGUCAAGAGCUAUGCUGGCCGCCCGGAACGACAUCAUGGUAUGUUCAACAUUGUUCACAGAUACUGA